AUGGAGUCCCCGAUGUUAAAGCACCCUACAGCCGUCAUUGCCGUCUUCGUGGUCGGCUACGUCAUCACCUUCAUGGCAACGAUGAUAGGCAACAUCAUCGUCUGUUACGUAAUCCUAAAGAUCCCCCACAUGCGCAACGUGACGAAUUACUUCGUCUUCAAUCUGGCCGUUAGCGACAUGCUGUCUGCCAUUUUUUGCAUGCCCUUCACGCUGGUGGACCAUGUCAUCAGAGGUUGGCCGUUCGGUGAGGUCAUGUGUAAAGUGUUUCCGGCCAUGCAGAUCAUCACAGUAUCAGCCUCUCUCUUCACUCUUGUAGCCAUCGCUUUUGACAGGUUCUACGCUGUCGUGCAUCCGAUGGCCCACACCUUCACAUCCACAGUCGCUGUUCGCGUCAUAACACUCGUCUGGGUCAUGGCUAUCAUCCUAAGCAUCCCCAUAUUCGUGGUCCAAGAAAACAAAUAUGACUUUUACAAUGACGUAGCAAGGGUUACGAAGGCUGCUCCGGAGAAAUCCCCACCCAUUAAGCCGGAAUGGUCUGAUCUACUCACAGAGGGAAAGACCCCUGCUCUUUUGGACGAGUACGGUGUGUGCUCGGAGUGUGGCUCUCCCCAAACACGGAACCUCCAUUAA